AUGUCCUCGGGAAGCUCCAGUACUGCCUACAAGCAGUCCGUUGGGAAUGCGUCUGCCAAUGAAGCUGCCGCUAUUGCCGCGGGAACUGCAGCACUCACGGAGGAAGUGUCUUCCGCAAUGGCUCUGGAAAGUUUGAAGAAGGACGCUUACGUCGCAGCCCACAUAGCAGUCAGGAAGCAGUUGUACGCUGGCGGGUG